UUCAGUUACCAACUAACAGUCCUCGCGUACGGUCGCAUAAGGUCCUUUCGCGCGUAAUUGUUAUUUCCCGACGGCUCGCGGCGAUUCACAGGUGUGUGUUCGGAUAUUUCGCGGUUCAUUGUUUGUCAAUCAGUGCUGUUUUGAUUUGGUGUGUUUGGUGUACAGACGAGAGAUACUACGCGAGAGCAGGUCUUGUGAUCUGCGAGAUAAGACAGUUGCCUUCGCACGUACAGGUUCAAGUGUAACCGGAAGAAACCGCACCGUAUAAGUGGUGUUAGCAGGUGCGAAAGUGUCGUGCAUACUUUUGAUUGAUAAGUUAAUCCGGCUUGGUUUGAUAGUUCAAGAUCGGGACAUCGUUUAACGGUGUGUAUCGAGGUAGUUCACUUCAACCUUUUCUUGUUCACCGAAAUUCGCGCAGUGGAAAAAAAUAGUAAACACACCUAGUACAGAAAGACGAAAGCCAACAUGUUCCUGGCGGCGACCAGUUUGAGCAAGUUCUACAAUCGUUUGAGCAUUUUAGUGACCGUUUUUAUCACCGUAAACUUUGCAAAAAUCAGAGCAGAAAACUGUGGCCAAGAAGAGUUAGCAAGAUGUGCGCGUCCGUUUCAAGUGCUACAAUCGUCUACGGAUUUGUCGAUAGCCACCAAAAAGGAAGAACUGGAUAAAAUUUGUCCUGAUUUAAAUACCGGCCUGCAGUGCAUCCGGAGCUACACCCGGCGCUGUAUGACGCUGGAGCAACGAGAUCGCUUCAAUAAACUUUAUAAUGGCACCCAUCAGUUCGUGCGGGAUCUCUGCAAGGAAGGUCCCUACCAGAACGAAUUCCUAUCGCAUGCCCCCUGCCUCCAGCGGGUCAAGCCGGACUAUGAGGUAUGCGGCCGCAAGUAUCACAACACGGUUUCGGUUAUCACUCAACAGCAGCAGCAGCAGCACCAUCAGGGGCGUCACGAGCGGCACCAUCAGCAGCAACCGAACAUUCAUACGACGGCCGGCAGGAAUGCCGAGGACGAUGUGCGAACGGUGUGCUGUUCCUUCAUCGAGUACCUGGACUGCUCCGAGAGUGCGGCGAAGAAAACGUGUGGAACGGAUACUGCAAGAUUUACGAGGGGCUUUCUGGAUAAGAUGUCCUCUACGUUAAUUAAAAUGUACUGCGAAGAUUACUACCGCUCGAACAAGUGUCCCUCGAUGCAAUCGUCUGCAUACAGUGCCAAAGUGAACUACGCCUGCAAUUAUCUGUGGCUGCUGCUAAUGACGUCUGCUUUUCCGUUCCUGAACACGUGGUACUCAAUGUUCGGUUUAUUCCGGUUACGAUAAAAACAACAGCCCGCCGUCAAUCAACAAGCGCAAUCCUAUCACCCUGUCCAGCGCAUCCCAGACCUGAUCUGCUUGUUUCAUUUUGCACUACGAACAACGUUUUACUUUGUUCCAGAGACAAGAGGAAUUGACCCGCCCGGACAAUUAGGCAAUCCAACUGUGCAGGUGUAAUAACAAAAUUUGUUACAGUAGGAGGCUACGGAGCUGAUCGUUGGUGGCCAUUGUAGUCACCGAAUUAUUUCGGCAACUCUCCUACAAUUAUUGCAAUACUGGAGCAAAACGAGACCACGGACAAUUAGUAUUAAUUAAUUUAUUGCGUCGAAUUAGCUGUCAAGGUUCACUCAUGCUUCUGCUUUCGUGCUCCGGCUAGAAUGCGAUGCUGAAAACUCAUUCAAAGACGUAUGAUAAGCACCUAGGAUGUUGAUUGUUUCUGAGGUGACCCUAUUGUUUCAGUCAACAUUGGCAAUAUAAGAAUUGUUAGCUACGGCGUAAGUGGAUUAUUAUCAAAAAUAAAACAGUUCCGUCUUUAUUAGUUUUAUCUAACGAGCGAGGUUAGUUGAGGUUAAUUUAAAUUGUGUUGUUAUUCUGUAGGUGUGUUAUGUUGCAAGAAUUGUACAUAUGUGAGACAGUUGAGUAGUGGCGAUUAGUAUGAAAUAAAUUGAAAUAUUCUUGAAUAUAGGCUUAGGUAGAAACAAUCACAAAUCAAAUAAGAAACCCAUGGUAAAUAUCAACAGGAUGUCGAUUAUACUAACUAAGACGAUUUUUAUUACUCAGUUAAGUACUUCGUUGCUAAGCUAAAAUGAAACCAAAUACUAGUAAGUUAAGGAAUAUCAAUUAAUAAAGUUUAAUUUUUGAACAACA